AUGAACCCAGUGUACAACCCUGCACCAACAGGGGUCCCGUAUGUCAACCCUAAGGGACAUUUAGUAGGAUACCCAGGUAAGCAGUGUAACCAGUGUGUAAUGGAUUGGAAAUGUAAACCACCCAAACAGACCAGUGGGUAAUUAACACACACUGUUUCUCAAUGUAUGUCUGACUCUUCUGAUUUUCCUGACACUUAUAUGACCUUUGACCCUGCAGCUGGAUUUCCUGGGGGGUAUUCGGCCGCCCCUGUUUACACUCCCAACAUGUACCACCCUGGAGCCAACAACCCAUCCUUCCCCACAGGUAAGUUAUCAGUCCCUCUCAGAGAGCUGCAUGUAGCCUACUCUUGUGCAGUGAGUGCAUAUAUUUUUUGUGAUCCCUUAGGAAUUGAACCCACAACCUUAGUGUUGCUUACCAACUGAGCUGCACAGAGUCGCAUCAGUUUGGACGGGGGGGUAGGAACGUGCUGCCGAUCAUGGGAUCGUUCCAAUAGAUUACUCAAGGCUAAAUCCUGACCUGAAUUGAGUCAGUCUAACAAAAAUCACAGUCUUAAGCAUAGUAAGUAGUGCAUCAGAAGCUUUAAGGAGUUCCUGGCACCAUGGGGUCAUCAACUUUGCUUUAGCUAAACAUGGAGAAACAGACAGCUCUCAGGAGAGAUGAUUAUGUUAUUCAGGGCUGUAAAAAAGCCAAAAGUUUCUGCCUCAAGUCUUGUUUGCCAGCUGCACAUACAGUAUUUUACUGUUCACUGAAACUCCCUUCUUUUGUGUUGUUGUCCAGAUUCAGAGAGGUGUCGGACAAUAGUCAGUCCCGUUACAAGCCCUUAGGACAGGGAUCAUCAACUAGAUUCAUCCGCAGGCAGAUUUCUGUUCUUGAGCGGAUGGUCGGUGGGCGGAACAUAAUUAAGCCCGAGGGGGUGUGGUAUAUGGCCAAUAUACCACGGCUAAGGGCUGUUCUUAUGCAUGACGCAACUCGGAGUGCCUGGUUACAGCCCUUAGCUGUGGUAUAUUGGCCAUAUACCACAAACCCCAGAGGUGCCUUAUUGCUAUUAUAAACUGGUUACCAACGUAAUUAGAGCAGUAAAAAUUAAUGUUUUAUCAUACCUGUGGUAUACUGAUAUACCACGGCUGUCAGCCAAUCAGCAUUCAGGGCUUGAACCACCCAGUUUUUAAUUACAAAUAAUUUGUAGACUGCACAUUGACUAAAACAUAAUGAUUUAAAACAUUGCUUGCAUGUAUAUGAUCACAUUUUACAUUUUAGUCAUUUAGCAGAUGCUCUUAUCCAGAGCGACUUACAGUUAAUGAGUGCAUAAAACACAUUUUUUAUACUGGCCCCCCGUGGGAAUCGAACCCACAACCCUGGCGUUGCAAGCGCCAUGCUCUACCAACUGAGAAACACAGGGCCCAUUAUUGUAUAUGUCUCUAUUAUUCGUGGGGAUACUUGGGAACAGAUUUCUUAAAUGAAAAUCACAUGGAGCUUAUUUCCUGGUGUUUUUACAACCUUUUAUGUCCAACAAUGGAGGAAAAAAAGUAAUAAUAUUUUAUGUGUAGUAAGUGUGAAUUGUUUGGUUUUCCCUGUUAAAAUGUGUAAUACCCUAGACGGUGUGUUAACAACGCCACUCCUCACUGUGUGUUUAUAUCUCUGAAACCCUCUCUUAUAGGUUACGCUCCGGGCACUCCUUUUAAAAUGUCCUGCUCACCCACCACGGGGGCUGGCCCACCCUACUCCUCGUCACCCAACCACUAUCCUGCAGCAGUCUACCCUGUGAGGAGCACCUACCCCCAACAGAACCCCUACACACGGGUCAGUUAGUCAGUCAGUUAGCCAACUGACAUCAUCUACCUCUACCAUCUGAAGUAGUACAAUGUAACUGAACCUGUUUAUCUUAUUUUCUGUACUGCAGAAUUGGUAUUUAUAGCUGCAUUGUUACAAGGUCAUAACAGUUACAUAGGUCAGACGGAAUAUAAUAAUAUCUGUCUGCCAAAGCCAAUUCGGAUACACAUUAGCUUGCUGCUUAUUGCUGCUGUAGUUGUACUUGUCUCACUGUGGCACUGACAUUUGUAUUUGUAUUGGUAUUUAUUAAGGAUCCACUCUUCCUGGGGUCCAGCAACAUUAAGGCAGUUAUAUACAGUUAAAAAUAUUACAUGACAUAACACUUUCAUAACUCUUUGCCCUCUCUCUCUCUCCUCUCUCUCUCUCUCAGCAGCAAGGCACUUACUACACACAGCCUCUGUAUGCAGCCCCACCCCAUGUCAUUCAUCACACUACAGUGGUCCAGUCCAAUGGGAUGCCAGCAGCCAUGUAUGCCCCGCCCAUGCACCACCAGUCCCGCCCCCACAACGGCAUUGCCAUGGGGAUGAUAGCAGGGACCACUAUGGCCAUGUCAGCUGGUGAGUUCCAUUUAGACAUUAUUUUAUGCGUUGACCAUUAAAAAAAAGUAAUAAAUGUAAUACAUACAAUCCGGUCGCAACAGUGUUAAAUAAAUGGUUUUUGCUUUGUCUAAUUUCCUGACUUCACCCACCUCCUUCCUUUCUCCAGGAACUUUGUUAACGCAAUCCCCGACCCCCCUCGCCCCCCACCAAGUUACAAUGCCCACAUACCGACACCCAGGCGUGCCCACCUACAGCUAUGUGCCCCCCCAGUGGUAA